AUGAUCCUUGAAGUCGCGCUUUAUUCUAUCGCGGUCUUGUGUGCUGAGCAUAGUUGUGAAGGGAGCGGCGUGCGGAUGGGGGGUUGA